AUGUCUGCCACAGGGGAUCAAAACCCGAUCCAAGAGGACCGGAAGGCCCCAGUGAGCCAGGAGAGAGCACAGGCCGAGGCGGGAGGUGACCGGGAGGCUGGUGACUCUGGCCCCGACAGUGGCGACAUGGUGCCCGUGGCCGAGGUGGCCGGAGUCACAGGGCCCACGAGAGGCCUCGGGGAGGAGGAGGGUGAGCAGUUUCUGGACAUGGUCCACUCCCUUCUCCGCCGCAUCUAUCACAACGACCACAUCCUGAUCGGGAUGCGUGGGGGCCGCCUGAUGCGGAGGCCCCGCACUGCGGCGCCCAGUGGCUCAAAUGAGCCCGCACUGUUGCUGGUGCGUGAGAGGCUGGGCGUAGGGGCCAUGGGCCCUGAGGGCGAGGGCCUGGGCCUGCUCCAGGAGGCCGCGUCGGUCCCACAGCCUGAGGUGCCAGCAGACCAGGCUGAGAUGACCAGGGAGCCUGCAGAAGAGUCCGCAGAGGAGGCCUCAGAGGAGCACGCAGAGGAGGCCGCAGAGGAGGAGCUUGCAGAGGAGGCCGCAGAGGAACCGGCCACAGAGGAACCGGCUGCAGAGGAGGAGGCCGCAGAGGAACCGGCCGCAGAGGAGGCUGCUGCUCCCGAGGAAGUCACUAAAUAUCAGCAUGAAAAGUGGGAUGAAAAGGCCCAGGAUUCUGCAGGCGAGGAAGAGAAAGAACAAGAAAAAGAGAAGGAUGAGAAAAACAAGGUGAAGAACUCCAAAGGGACCUAGACGCAGCAGAGGGGAAGCUGAGAAAAUCCAGAUGCCUGCGAGAAUUUUAACACAUAUCAUUCCGAAGUUCUUUACCUCAAACCUGGUAUCUAGUGACAUCUAACUUUUAUCUUUCACAAAUAUAUUUGACAGUGUUUGUUCAAGUUAAAAGUAAGAGUUUGUUUUAAAUGAAUAAAUUGAAA